GGGCGGGGUCGCGCCUCCUCCGUGGCUCUGGCUCCAGCCGAGCCUCACCGACGCGGAGAUGGAAAGCCCGAGGCUGCUCCCGCCUCGAGGGACGCGACAGAGCGGCGGUGCUGGCAGCCCCGCGGGCGGCAGCCGGUUUCACGGCGGCCCUGACCCACGGGCUAGCCAGGUCCCUGCGCGCCGCCUCCUGCUGCUCCGGGGCCCCCAAGAUGGCGGGCCCGGGAGGCGGCGCGAGGAGGCCCGCGCGGCCUCACGGGGCCCGGGCCUGAGCCCGUUGGCGCCGAGGUCGGAUCACGCUGGCGGCGGCGGCGGCGGCGGCGGCGGCGGCGGCGGCGACUUCUUCCUGGUGCUGCUGGACCCGGUGGGUGGCGAUGUGGAGACCCCGAUCGCCGGCCAGGCCGCAGGGCCUGUAUGGAGGGAGGAGGCCGAGUCGGUCCCACGGCUCCAGCAGGGUGAGAGUGGCGCGAAUCCCGCGGGCCGCCAGGCGCUAGGCCCCUGCUGCCUGUCCGCAGUCCCCGCCCCAGCCCCGGCUGAGAACCCGGUCCCCGCCCCAGGCCUGGGACCCGCCGCGGCCUUCACCGGCACCGUCACCAUCCACAACCAAAACCUGCUGUUGCGCUUCGAGAACGGUGUCCUCACCCUGGCCACGCCCCCGCCGCCAGCCUGGGAGCCUGGGGUCGCGCCUGCCCCUCAGCCUGGGGGUCUGAUGGCUCCGCAAGCGGGGGUCCCGCACGCCGCGCAGCCCAGUGACUGCCCCGAGCUGCCGCCCGACCUCCUGCUGGCCGAGCCGGCUGAACCGGCGCCCGCCCCAGCGCCUGAGGAGGAGGCAGAGGGCCGGGCCGCAGCCGAGAGUCCCCGCAGGCCGCUGGGCCCAGGCGUGGUGCUGUACCUGUGUCCCGAGGCGCAGUGCGGACAAACCUUCGCCAAGAAGCACCAGCUGAAGGUGCACCUGCUGACUCACAGCAGCAGCCAGGGCCAACGGCCCUUCAAGUGCCCCCUGGGCGGCUGUGGCUGGACUUUCACCACCUCCUACAAGCUCAAGAGGCACCUGCAGUCUCACGACAAGCUGCGGCCCUUUGGCUGCCCUGCGGAGGGCUGUGGCAAGAGCUUCACCACGGUGUAUAACCUCAAGGCGCACAUGAAGGGCCAUGAGCAGGAGAAUUCGUUCAAAUGCGAGGUGUGCGAGGAGAGCUUCCCCACUCAGGCCAAACUCAGCGCCCACCAGCGCAGCCAUUUCGAGCCCGAGAGGCCGUACCAGUGCGCGUUUUCCGGCUGCAAGAAGACGUUUAUCACAGUGAGUGCCCUGUUUUCCCACAACCGUGCCCAUUUCAGGGAACAGGAACUCUUUUCCUGCUCUUUUCCUGGCUGCAGCAAACAGUACGACAAGGCUUGUCGCCUGAAAAUUCACCUGCGGAGCCACACCGGUGAGAGACCUUUCCUUUGUGACUUUGACGGCUGUGGCUGGAACUUCACCAGCAUGUCCAAACUCUUAAGGCACAAAAGGAAGCACGAGGAUGACCGGAGGUUCAUGUGCCCCGUGGAAGGCUGUGGGAAAUCUUUCACAAGGGCUGAACAUCUGAAAGGCCACAGCAUAACCCACCUGGGCACAAAGCCUUUUGUGUGCCCUGUGGAAGGCUGCUGUGCCAGGUUCUCUGCUCGCAGUAGUCUCUACAUUCACUCCAAGAAACACUUGCAGGACGUGGACACUUGGAAAAGCCGUUGCCCAGUCUCUACUUGUAAUAAACUCUUCACAUCCAAGCACAGCAUGAAGACCCACAUGGCCAAAAGGCACAACCUCGGCCAGGAUCUUUUAGCUCAGCUAGAAGCUGCAAAUUCUCUUACACCCAGCAGUGAACUUACCAGCCAGGGACAGAGUGAUCUCAGUGAUGCAGAGCUAGUGUCUCUCUUCUCUGAUGUGCCUGGCAGUAGUUCUGCUACAGUGCUGGACACAGCAUUGGUGAACUCUGGAAUCUUGACUAUUGAUGUGGCUUCUGUGAGUUCAACUCUGGCAGGGAGCCUCCCUGCUAAUAAUAAUAAUUCCUUAGGGCAGGCUGUGGACCCUCGGGCCUUGAUGGCCACCAGUGACCUUCCUCAAAGUCUGGAUACCUCUCUUUUUUUUGGAACGACAGCCUCUGGUUUUCAGCAGAGUCCCUUAGAUAUGGAUGAUGUCCCAAGUCUGACUGUGGGGCCGUUGGCAUCUCUGGGCUCUUCGGCUAUGAAAAACUCGAGUCAAGAGCCCCAAGCUCUGACCCCUAGCAGUAAGCUAACAGUGGACACAGAUGCCCUGACUCCUUCAAGCACCCUUUGUGAAAACAGUGUCUCAGAACUACUGCCGCCAACCAAAGCAGAAUGGAAUGUACAUCCUGACUCCGACUUCUUUGGACAGGAGGAAGAAACCCAGUUUGGAUUCUCCAAUCCAGCAGGAAACCAUGGUUCUCAGAAAGAAACAGAUCUUAUCACAGUGACUGGCAGCUCAUUUUUGGUAUGAACUAUUAAUUCAUUGCCAUGUGGCUUAUUCUUAUGAAUUACACUCACUUUUUAGGACAUUCUGGACUAAAUGUUUAAAUGCUCAUUUCUUAUAGGUUUUAAAAAGAACAACGCCCUGGGCUAUAAGUUUGGAGAUUUAAAUUAUGAUCUUGACUCUGGAACUGUCAAGUUGUGUGAUCUGAGCCUUAAUUUCCUUAUUUAUAAAAUGAGGUGGUUUGAAUAGCUUGUUUCUAAGGUCUUUUCAGCUCUGUAAUUCCUUGAUAAUAAGCUUAUUUCCUUGGAACAAAUUAGGAAAUUUUUUAGUGAUUGUGUUGCAUGUGCUUUUUUUUCGGAUGAACAUAAUAUUAUAAUGAACAGCCAUGUGCUUAACACUCAACCUCAACUAUUAUCAAUUCGGAAACUAUUUUGUUCUUCUAAUCUCUCUAACCCUCAUGAAGAAUUAUUUUGGAAUAAAUACCCUACUUUACAUCAUUUCAACCAUAAUUAUUCUAUAUAUAGUUGUAUAAAGUAUGGUCUCUUUUUGAAAAAAAUUGCCAUUCCGUUGUCAUACUUAAAGUUAACAGUAAUUCCUUAAUACCGAUAAAUAUCCAAUCAGAUUCCAACUUGCAAUUGUCUCAUAAAUGCUAUUUAUUUUAGUAUUUUUAAUAUAAAAUUC